AUGUCUUCAACAUCGCAACCCCUCCACCCCCAAGAAUUCCACAGUCCGGGCUGGGACUACGAGGCCCGAACCCCAGUAGUCGACGGCAAAUACUACGACCGCAAGACAGGCGAGCUGCGCACGGCGUCCGGACCAUCGUACUCGGGCCCACCGGACGUCGACAUCAUUAUCCAGAAUUUACAUCAAGAUACAAACAAUCGUCUUUACCGUGCCGCGAGGCCGUUUCCCGUGGAGAUUCUUUUGUUUGGGAUUAUGAAGAUUGUCAAUGAGAGGGAGCUACGGUUGGAUUCUUUGACUGCGACGGCUUAUGCGAUUAGGGUUAUUGUUGCGCAUGAGAUGACGGUUGCUGAGUGGGAUGGGGUUGUGGAUGAGAUGGCGAAUGGGAUUUGGAAGCAGGAGUGA